AUGGUUGCCAGCUCAAACGGCGAAGUCUACGCCCCCUACACACGCGUCCCGGUCGUCGAGGAGGGCUUCCAGUCGAGUGAGGAUGGCUCCGAGCUCCACUCCCCCGUCUACGAUGGCUCGUACACACCAGAAGAACUCCCCUACCAGCUCGGGCGCAUGAUGCCAUACGCGUCCGACGCGCAAAUGUACAUGCACAGCUGGGACAACGCGCACUACGACGGCCCCGACUAUGCCGCCCAGGUGCGCGAGCACCACAUGCUCCAAGGCCUACACAUCCCCAGCCCAUCGCUCGAUCCCGAUCUCCACCACUCCUUCACGAACGAUCUUGCCCUGCACGACCCGACCAUGCUCGGGUUCGAAACCCCCGGCACGCGUUUCCAUCCGCACGCUCUGACGUCGACAACGGACUACACGUUCGGACUCCCUCAGAGUCGGUUGCCUGACCCACAGUACCACACGCCACACGAUGUCCUCCAUGAUCCGCCCGCCGGCUAUUCCUCGCAUCAUCAAGUAUCGAUGCCGGCUUCUAACCAAACAUCCCAAACGACGGUGGCGCAACCACCAAAGUCGACUUCGCCGAGCGCCACGAUGACAGCAGGGCGACCGCCGCGACGGGAAGCCUCAAACGUCGUUAUCGCAUGUCGGCAAUGUCGCGCUCGUAAGAUUCGCUGCGACUCGACGAGACCGGUGUGCCACAACUGCACACGGCGCAACAACGAGUGCGAGUACGACGCCGUUCCCAAGCGCAGAGGCCCGGACAAGCGUCCAGGCACUAGGCAGCGGUCCUGCAAAAAGCGUUCGUCAGACUCCGCGCCGCCCCUAAAGAAGAAGCGCAAGACCGAGGACGACGGUCCCGACCCCAUCAUCGGUCGUAUCAAGCAAGACCCCGCCGAGGUCGAAUCCAAAGCCCAUGCUCUGUCCUUCGGCUCAAUACACGAGAGCAGCUCCACCUCACACUCGUCCUCCUCCCCUCUCGACAUCCACGAGCACUCCCGCCACUAUGCUCCCGACAUGACCUACCCUCGAGACGGUCUGUCGGCGAACUCCCGGCACCAUCCUGACUCGCUGGCGUACGCGACUCGGUCCCCCGAUACCAAAUUGUUUUCGCGAAACGGGGACAUUAACGGCGGGCGCCGCCACCAUGACGACGACUACUCGAAAGCUACAUUCAUCCCUCUCUCCCCCUCGGUCGAAUACACGCGCAAGACCUGGUGGGACACUCUCCUGCGCGAGCAUCAGUACUGCGCGCCCGCCCGUAGACUGAACGACAUCCUGAGUGACCUCAAUUUCCUCCUUACUUCUAGUAGUUACUGGCUCUCGUUUAUUCAUCUUCCGACGUUCUUUCGUGACCUGCAAGACCCUGCGCAACGCGUGCGCAUGCAGCCCGCCUUCAUCAUGGCCGCCCUCGCAAUGGCCACCCUCAUGAAAUCGAGUGAAAUUGAGCACGGCGCGGUGGGAAGGUCUCGCGCUAUCAUGUACAGGGACGAGGCGCAGUCACUACUGGAGAGUGCUUGCAGCCAACAACUGGUCGACUAUACCCUCGCCGAGGCUGCAUUGCUCCUGGCGCUCUUCGAGACGUCCUGCCACCCGCAGUACAACACGGAGAGAGCGAGCUGCUCGUUGCAGUUCCUCGACCGCAUCGUCGGCGUGCUCUCCCUCACAUUCAUCGACCGGCACGACGCCGACGUGUCCAUAUUUUCCUCCCGCUCAGCGCCUGUCGUGUACAUGCCCGACAACUACCGCCCGCCGAAGAAAUGCUGCUGCGUCGCCUCGCCGCAGAGCAUCCCGGGCGGCGGCGAGGGCUACCACCCCUACUCGCAGAUCAUCCCGCCCUGGAACCCCAGCUGGUCCGAGGCGGAGAUCCGCAAGGAGGAGUGCCGCAGGCUGUGCUGGGUCGCGCUCGCCCUCGUCGCCAACCACACGCUGCAAUGCUCUGCCUUCCACGUCGAGCCCAUGCGAUUCUUCCUGUCAGACCCGGCGAAUUUCGCGCUGCUGUUCCCGGGCGAGGCCUACGAACGUGCCCUGGGCCACGAACAGCUCUACGGGCAGUCGCCGAAGGACUCCGUCUGGGCUGUGUACUGUCGGAGCAUGCUGCUGUGGAGCAGCAGCAUCCGCCCGCCUGAUGACCGUUGGUCAUCCGAGCACCGAACAAGGUUCACUCUGGACAUCCUCGCCGAGACGCACGUCGUGCAGUCGGCGCUCGACAUGCACCAAUGCAGUGUGGACAGUACGCUGCUGGACGUGUGUAGGGAGUUUCUCUACAACACGCAGCUCACUGCCACGUAUGAAUUGCGGCGCAGGCUACAGGACGUCGAUAGCGCGGCUGCGUUCGACCGCCGACAGGCAGAAGAGUGGCUGUACUAUCAGGAGCAGAUAGCGAAAGGCGUCAAGGCGGCUGUGCUUCAGCUGGGUGAGGCUCCUGGACACCUAUUGUCGAGGCGCCCAUUCCAGGUGAACUGGAUAGCCACGCAAGUCAUGAUCUGUCUGUCGCUCUGGAACUACGACCGCUCGCUCGUGCACGCGCUGGAGCUGGCGAAGUCGUUCCUCAUCCCGCUCGACGUGCUCAACGCCCUGUGGCCUUCGACAGUGCAACGGGCACGGCGGGACGAGCUCCGCCAGCGCCUUGAGGAGGCGUGUGUUUCGGCGCGUCUGCCACCUCCCCUCCCGGCCGAGCUCACACUGCCGCCAAUUCUGCGAGCAUGA